CGCACACACACACACACCGCGGAGAGUAGAGGAGUGUGUUUACACACACACACACACACACUUUUAAACCUGAUGUUUUAUUUGUUUUCUUUAAAAAAAGUUUUUAGUUGGGAUUAACCUCAGAGACCGGAGUGUUUACACACACACACACACACACACACACUGAGGGAGAGAGAGAGAGAGAGAGAGAGCUCCACUAAUCACACGGUCCUGUAGUGGAGCUGUAGGACAUCCCCUCCUGGAUGUUUUGGACCAUACCUUUUACACCUACAGGAUCAUUUAAACCUUUUUUGUGAAAAUCGUACCAGAUGUUUAAAAAACGGACAGCUGUGUUUUGUGACAUCACUUCCUGAAGGUUGUUGGCUCUGAGCAUUGUACACAGAGUGCUGAUCCCAUUUAACAGGAAGUCACGUUCUAACUGAACUCAGUAAAGAAGGUGGGCGUGUCGCACAGUGUCGGGUCGUUGCCAUGCCGAUCCUGAAGCGGUUGGUUUCGGGCUCGUCCGGGUCGAAGCGGCGCUCCCGUUCCGACCUGACGGUGGAGAUGAUUAGCGCACCGCUCACUGAUUUCCGGCACACGAUGCACAUCGGGCGCGGCGGGGACGCCUUCGGGGACACGUCGUUCCUCAGCACGCCAUGUGAAUCCGCCAGUCAGGGGCAUAAGAACGGGUUUCUGCCCCGCAGGUCCAGGGGCAGCAGACGCUCGCAGUCUGAGAGGAACUCUAGCGCUAUGAGCUACAUUCUGCCGGCUAACAGCGCGCUCUCGCUUCCUUACGCAAGUGAAGAUCGAAACGUAACGCGCAGCAUUCCUAAAAGCAGCUCCUUAAAUUUCACAGAAACGAACGAAAAAACAGAAGUGAUGGAUGGGCGGAGCUUAGAGAUGGAGGAGCGGCGCUUUGGGGAGCCCUGUGACCUGCCGGUGUUCACACCGCCCUCUGGUGGAGGAAUGAAACAUGCCGAGUCCAUGCUGUCCUUCCACAUCGACCUCGGGCCCUCCAUGCUCGGAGACGUCCUCGGGGUCAUGGACCAGACGGAGCGGGGACUCACAGAGGAGCAGAGAGGGGCGAAGCCACGCCUACCCAUCAGUGUGUUUACAUCCAGCCCUGGAGUAAAGGAGGAGAAAACACCAAAGGGACGUGAGAGUGAGACUCGUAGCCCUACAUACAGCGUGAACAUCAACGACAGCGACUUCCUGUUCAUGGACGAGGACGAGGACGAGAUCAGAAUGUGAAUUCAUCAACACUGAUCAGGGCGGGGGGACAGCAGCGUCUCAGUCGGAGCAGACAUCUUUAUUAUUACGUCCUACACACACACAUUUUUGUUGUCACAUCCUCCGGGGGCAGGGCUUCAUAUUUUAAGAUUAUUGUUUUAAGAUCCUUAUUUAAGAUCAUUUUUUUGUUUGUAUUUGAGGUGGUAAAAUGUUGCAGUUCCUUUAUGAUCCUGCAGGUGGUGCUCUAAACUAUUCACACCCUGCCAGGCAGCACAGUGUCAUGUGAUACGAGUGAAUUUUUUGCCAAGUUUGUUUAUAAUUAAACAAAAUCAAAAAAUUAUUAUAUAAAAUCAGGAUAUUUAUGGAACUGUGAUCCUGUAAGUGUGUGCGGCAGCCAUCUUGGAUUUCUAUAUGAGAUGACUCGAUUCGACCCGACCCGACCCGAUAUCAUCACACCACCUUAAAUGGGCCGCGCUACACAACCCGUACGUUCUGUGAGGUGAAGUGAUUUUCUGGAAAUCCACCUGCAGUUAUUGACCCCUGAAAGAGGUUUACUGUUAACUGUGUGUGUGUGUGUGUGUGUGUGUGUGUGUGUGUGUUUUAGCGAAAUGCUAGCCAUUAUCUAAAAUAUCUACAAAGUCAUUUAUACUAAUUCUUACAGUAAUGUGUGUGUGUGUGAGACGUGUCUUGUUCCUGAUGUGAUCUUAUACACACAAACACAUCAGUUCAUCAUACUCAUACAUCAUAUUUAUCGUUCCUCUUUCAGAUCAGUGUGUGACGCUUUUACUUGUUGAUUUUUCUAUCUUUAUAAUGUUUAGAGUAUAAUAAUGAGUACUGACCUUUUACACUAAACAUAUAACAAUCUAUUUUUAUUAAAAUGUAGAAAGCUGGAGAA